CUUUCACGAGUACAGCCGAGAAAAGCCGAGCGGAGCCGAACGCAGCCGAGACCAAACCCAGCCCAGCCCUCUGUCUGUCUGUCACAUCACUGCUAAGUGCUAACACAGCUUGAGCUAGCGAGAGGCAACUUAGCCAUGAGCUAAAACUUCCCUCUAGUCGUGUAUCCAAACUUCCCUUCAACGCGGCACCGACGUGAAGAAUUUGGCAAAAAGCGGGAUUACAAUUUAAGCCGUUGCUGCUGCACCUGGAAUUUCAUUUAGACGUCCUUCAUUUCAAAAUCCUGACUUUUUCCCCGGAGCCAUGGCAGCUGCUAAACCCAAAGGGCAGAACUCCUUAGCCCUUCACAAAGUGAUCAUGGUGGGCAGCGGAGGUGUGGGCAAGUCAGCCCUCACGCUGCAGUUCAUGUACGACGAGUUUGUGGAAGACUACGAGCCCACCAAGGCUGACAGCUACAGGAAGAAGGUGGUGCUGGACGGCGAGGAGGUACAGAUUGAUAUCCUCGACACGGCCGGACAGGAGGACUAUGCCGCGAUCAGGGACAACUACUUCCGCAGCGGCGAGGGUUUCCUCUGCGUCUUUUCCAUCACAGAGUUGGAAUCGUUUGCGGCGACAGUAGACUUCAGAGAGCAGAUCCUCCGGGUGAAGGAAGACGAGAACGUCCCUUUCCUCCUGGUCGGCAACAAGUCUGACUUGGACGACCGGCGGCAGGUGAGCGCCGACGAGGCCAAGGCCCGCGCCGAGCAGUGGGGUGUGUGCUACGUGGAGACUUCAGCCAAAACCCGAGCCAACGUGGACAAGGUGUUCUUUGACCUGAUGAGGGAGAUCCGGGCGAGGAAAAUGGAGGACAGCAAAGAGAAGAACGGGAAGAAGAAAAGCAAAAGUUUGGCCAAGAGAAUCCGGGAGCGAUGUUGUAUUUUAUAGUGGUAAAAAAAAAAAAAAAUCUAGCAAAAAGCCAGAGAGCUGCUUUUCUGUACAUAUAUACAUUUCUCCCAUUUUUGAUUUAAUGCUCGCAACCUGAAUCCUGCUUUUUAACCACAUUUCAUGACUGCAUGUCAGGGAGUAGUGAGGUCCAUUUACGCCAUUUCUAGAUCUUUUUCAUGUGCUGACACUCCAAAUGAUUCCGCCGAGUGUUUUGAAAUGAAACUAACAUGACGUCAGUGUGUCUCAGUAGGUUCAUGGAGAAACAUGCGUCCAAAUUGGUGUUAAUAUACUACAUAAUUCAACAUUUUUAAUUGCAUUACAUUUAUGGAGUCUUACUGUGACUCACAAUGCAAUGCAUCCAAAAACUUAAACAUCUUACAGCAGGGAAGGAUAUCAUAUGGCCCAUUUCUGAGUCGAUCUUGUGUGAGAGGAAGGUGGGUGGGUUAAUCAUUUUUAAAUGCAGUAUACCGAAAAUGUUGGAAAGCGCCACUCCACAUAGCAACUGACGCUGUGGUCAAAGUAACAAUUACCAAAAAACAAAUUUUGAAAUAUUCAACACUCUACUGCUGUCUGGCGGCUUAAAGUGGGUAGUGCACCCUCUCAAUUUGUCACGUUUCAUAUGUCAGGUAAACCGUGACGAACAGGGCCAUAUGAAUACCCUCCAUACUUUAUUUCAAAAAGUCCUCCGCCCUCCUGAAUCCACUCAAAGGCACAAAUGUAGAGCAUGACCCUCAAAUCUCUGUUUUCCCCUCCAGUUGUGGUUCUAACAUUUCAUCAGUUUUGAACGUCGCCUAGAUGGUUGCUGUCUAUCUCUGCAUUUUUUUAAUUUAUUUGUUAUUCUAUGAAGUAAUCUCUGGUGCUCAAAUACAAAGCCAGUGGUGUACACUACACUGGCACCUCGAAGUCAACAAAUAGAAGUGUAAACAUGCCAGUUUUUACCGUUAUUUUUGUUGUUGUAGAUCUUUCUCUUUGCUGUGUCUCCUAAUUGGGCGCACAUAGGAACACUACCGCGUUGAGAGACUUUAGGUCACCUAUUAAAUGAUAAGAAAAAGGAAUGCCGGAUAGAAAUACGUUGAUUCAGUCACCAAAGAAAACUGCUAGCCACUAUAAAAACAAGUGCCCACUUUUCAAUUGAAGUGAACAACGAAUCUGGCUAAAGACGGAGGAGGGCUCCUUCGUCUUCUUUUUUUUUUUUUCAUGUACAGUGCACGCCGCUGCCUACCUGUCCGUGUUGAAUGUGAACCAUCCCAUCUCGCCAUCACGUUUGCCCGGAGGCUGCCAUAGCGGUAUAGCUCGGUUGGUAGAGCAGCCGUGCCAGCAACUUGAGGGUUGCAGGUUCGAUUCCCGCUUCCGCCAUCCUAGUCACUGCCGUUGUGUCCUUGGGCAAGACACUUUACCCACCUGCUCCCAGUGCCACCCACACUGGUUUAAAUGUAACUUAGAUAUUGGGUUUCACUAUGUAAAGCGCUUUGAGUCACUAGAGAAAAGCGCUAUAUAAAUAUAAUUCACAAAUAUAAUUCACUUUCUACUAAGCCGACCUUUUAACCCCAAAUGCCACAAUAACAUUUGAAUAGCACCUACUCUGUAAGCCAACAAUAACGACUUACUUCCAACACAUCAGUUUUAUUGACCAACACACACUGUGCCCUUUCAUUCCCUUCCUUCGCUAAUGACUGAGCCGCAUUUAAUCAUAUGUUAAGGCCACUAAUAUAAUAAAAUACACAGUAAUGGACUCUAUGCAACAAAACUGAUCCUUGUUUUCAUUUAAACCCCCAAUUUUUAUUUGAAAUUUGGCGUUGACUGCAAGCUUUAUGCCGACAUGUACAGUCACUAAUGCAAAGAAUACUUGUGGUAUUUGCUAUUUAUUGACAAAGAAAAAGCACACAGCGGUGAGAUAUGACAUUUUGAAGGCGAGCCUGAAAUAUUUAGAAUGUUGUUUUUUUUUUAUUUUAUUUAAGGGCUAAUCUCUAGCACAAGAUGCCACGAUUGGUCCUCCAUCUUUAUAAAGUGCUGUGUGCUCUCAUUGCUAAUGCUUGUAAAAACAGUGAUUGCCAUAGUGCUUGCUGACAUUGGCUUGACUAUGUGUUCAGUUCUUUCCAUCGUUGAGCAAAUUCCCCUGCUGGGAAUUCAAAAGACGAAAUUGCCUUUUUAUAUUAAUACCCUAAAAAAAUAGAAGUAUCUAUACUGUAUAUGUCUGUGUGGUUGUUUGGAUGGUUGGCCACCAUUUGUAAACGCUACGCUCUUUUUUCUUUUUUUUUUUUUAAUAACAUAACCACUAAUGUAGCCUACCUGUCUGAGUGCAAGAGGUGUUGACGCUUACAUUUCAAUUGUGUGUAUCUGAGUGCAAGAGGUGUUGACGCUUACAUUUCAAUUGUGUGUAUGUGUGUGUGCGUGUGGGUGAAAUGGCAAAUAAAGAUGAUAUUACUAAUGGUAA